AUGAGUGGACAAACUUUGUUCAUAAACGGCACCAACGGCAUCCUGGCCGACGAGAUGGGUCUAGGAAAAACCGUGCAAAUCAUAGCUCUAAUUUGCGUUCUCCUGAAGAGAAACGUGCCCGGACCGUUCCUCAUCGUCGCCCCCCUGUCCACCAUUCCGAAUUGGGCGAGCGAAUUCAAACGUUUCGCCCCGGAGGUGCCCGUGGUGGUCCUCUACGGCAAGACGGAAUCGAGACAGGAAAAUUUGCCGAAAAUCUUCAGAAAAUACACCAUAGGCGCGUUGCAAACUUACCCCGUAGUGAUCACGUCGUACCAGGUACCCGUGAUGGAAUCUAGCAAGUUUUUGAGGAUGAAAUGGAAGUAUAUUAUCGUAGACGAGGGACAUCGAAUCAAGAACCACAAGAGUCAGUUAGCUCUGAAAUUGAGAGAGUUCAAAUCCGAAAACAGAAUUAUAUUAACUGGAACACCUCUACAGAACAACAUGAUGGAAUUAUGGGCAUUGUUAAAUUUCCUUUUGCCUACCCUUUUUAACGAUAUGGAAACAUUUACCGAAUUGUUUUUAAUGGAAGACAUUCAGAAUGAAGGUCAACUGAUAAAACAAGAAGAGUCUAAUAACUUGGUUAGUAAAAUUCACAAAGUCCUCACCCCGUUCAUGUUGAGAAGAUUGAAAAAGGAUGUUUUAAUUGAUAUGGUGCCUAAGAAAGAACUUUUAGUGUAUUGUCCUAUGUCGGAUCUUCAGUUGAAGCUCUACCAGUCUGUUAUCGAUCACAAUUUUGCUAUAUUAACGGAUAAAAAAGAAGAAGAAGAGCUUGCUUUAGACGGACCUAGGCCUAAACGGAAGUGCACACAAAGGAGAAUUAAUUACAGGAAGUUUGUGUGGUUAGAGAACGAGAGUGACUCGGAGGAGAAGCAGGAAGAGGAACAGGAGGGUGAUCUAUCAUCGGGCGUCAUUUCCGAAUCCGACGUCAAUAUGGACAAGCGUGACAUAAGAAAAAUAAACAAGAUAAUGAAAAACAUUACGAUGCAGCACACGAUGAUGAUGUUCAGGAAGAUAGUCAGCCAUCCGUAUUUGGUUCAUUUUCCGCUGGACCCGAACAGCGAAAAGAACCAACUGCUUAUCAACGAAGAUCUAGUCAAUACCAGCGGUAAACUGCAAGUGUUGGACGCAUUUUUGCCUCAUUUAAUGAAAAGAGGUCACAGGGUACUUCUCUUCAGCCAACUCUGCAUCGGCCUAGACCUGAUCGAGGAAUACAUGAUCAUGCGCAAAAUCAACUACCGACGCCUCGACGGCAGCCACGACGUUCACUACCGCGCGCAAAACAUGAAGGAGUUCAACGAGGACCCCAGCAUUUUCAUCUUCCUGAUAUCGACGCGAGCGGGCGGCCUGGGUCUCAAUCUGACCGGAGCCGAUACCGUCAUCUUCUUCGAUCGGGACUGGAACCCGCAAGCGGACAUCCAAGCGCAGGACCGGUGCCACCGUAUCGGCCAGACCAAGCCGGUCGUCAUCUAUACCCUGGUGACGAAGAACACGAUCGACGAGCAGGUGUUAAAGGCGGGAAAGGCGAAACGGUUGCUGGAGAAGAUCGUCAUUUCGAAAGGAACAUUUAAGACCCUUACUCCAGACGAAAGGGCCAGGCAAGACCUGCUUAUAGAACUGCGCGAUGCGUUAAAAUCUGAAGAUAAUCCGGACUACUACAUAUUUUCCAACGACAUGGAACUAAACAGGCUGCUGGAUCGGUCUGACUUAUACGCUAUGAUGGACUCUCAACGCUCGAAGCUGCAGUGAGAAACUAUAUGUUAAGUUUUAUUUUGUUAACGUCUAUCUAUGUUUUUAACGUUAUUAUUUGUUUGUUAGUUUGUUUAGAUUUAGAAUGGUUAUUAGAUUUUUUUUUCCUAUUUGAAUAUUCGUACUGGAACUACAUUCCUGUCCAUAGUGUGUCAAAAAACAUGUUCCAUUCCUCGUGCUGGGAUUACGUAAAAACAAGAUAAGAUUUAUUUCUUAUAUCAACAUAUAUUCUGCUUGGUUUCGUAUCUACAAGGGGUUAAAGUCUUCAUUUUUUCUAAAUUUAUUAUAAUUUUUUUACAAGUGCUUUUAGCAAUGAAAUUUUGAGUGUAAAAGUUGCGUAAGCGCGACAUAUUUUAAUGCUAAAAAAGGCCAACAGAUUCACCAGGGACUGCAAGUUAUUACUGGAAUAGUUUUCUAAAAAAACUUUGCACCACUGACUUUUGUUCUUUUGUUAACACAAUUGUGUAGACUGUUUAUGGCCUAUUAAAAGUUGUCUCUUGAUAUUUUGUCGAGGUCUUUAAUUUGCCUUAAUUCAAGUCUAAUAGCAACCCAUAAAAUUUUUGAAUGUCAGAAACUGGCCAAAGUGUUAAAUAAAUACUCACUGAUUCGUCUUCGAAAAAAUAUGAAAAAACGUUCAAUCUUCGUAAUUAUCUUAAGUACCCCCCAUUUAAAGUACCUAUAUAGUUAUUAGUACCUAUAAGUAGUAUUACCUAGUUAAAGAAAAUUUCAAUGUUUUGUUUCCAUGUUAUUCCUCGUUAAACUCGUUCAAUAUUUUUUUGACCUCAAAAAUAAAAACUUAUAUUAAUAUUAUCUAAAUUUUUUUGAUAGUCCUGGAUAAAGUAUAGUAUUCUACUCGCAUAUAAUGGCCAUUAUUCACUUGGACGACUUAUGACAACUUCAUCCGCGUGAAUAACAACCACCAUUAUAUGCUCGUUUAUUCAACUGUAUUAUUAUAUCCUAUUACAUUAUAAACUUAUAAUAACUUUUACCCUCAAAAUUUCAUUCGAAUCGCUAAAAGCACUUGAAAGAAAAACUUUAACCUCCGGUAGCUACGAAACAAAAGAAAAUCCGACCUAUGUUGAUAUAAAAAAUACAUCUUAUUUUAAAAUAUACCAAUAUCUAUGAUAUUACAAAAAUCCUUUUUUUUGUGAGGUUUGUAGCAGUCACUAUAUAAUGUUUACGAGUAUACUGUUAUUAAAAAACUUCUUAAAUGGUUUUUAUAAUUUAAGUCAGCUAUUUCACGUUUCACAAAAAUCUAGUCUGACAAUAAAUAGUUGUUUUGUAAAUGUAUUUUUUUCUGUUAGUCUUCUCUCAAUAUUCGGCUGUUAUUUAGAUGUAUACAAAUACUUAUUUUUUAACUGUGUAUAUUAAACAUAAAAAACCAAAAAAUUCAAGACAUUUUUUUGGGAUGUCAAUAAGUGCCAUUCUUAAAAUUCUAUAAUCUCAGGAAAUGUGCCAAGUAUAAAUUAGAUAAGAUUAAAGAUACAACGCAUACUUUAACUUUAAGAUUUAAACCAUAGUGCUUAAGGUACACAUCACAGAGAACGCUAGGCUUUGUACUUCUAGUGUUCUAUUUUUCUAUGUAGUAUUUAUUUACAAUGUAUUUUUAAUUAGGACUUAAUAAAGUUUUUUCACAUUUUC